AUGACGCACAUGAUUCCUCGUAGAUCAAAGCAGCCACCGCAGACCCUGACGGAGAAGAUCGUACAACGAUAUGCCAUCGGUCUUCCUGAGGGAAAGCUCGUCAAGAGCGGCGACUAUAUCAGCAUGAAACCCGAGUUCUGCAUGACCCACGACAAUUCAUGGCCUGUGGCCCUCAAAUUCAUGUCUCUAGGAGCAACACGCGUCAACGAUCCGCAGCAGAUCGUCAUGACUCUCGACCACGAUGUCCAGAACGACAGCGAGUCCAAUCUGAAGAAGUACCGGCAGAUUGAGGAGUUUGCGAAGCAGCAUGGAAUCGACUUCUAUCCAGCAGGACGAGGCAUUGGGCACCAGAUCAUGGUGGAGGAAGGAUAUGCAUGGCCUGGGACGAUGGUCGUUGCCUCGGACUCGCACAGUACACACUACGGCGCGGUGGGCUGCCUUGGAACGCCUGUCGUACGAACAGAUGCUGCUAGUAUCUGGGCAACCUCGCGAACCUGGUGGCAGAUCCCGCCUGUCGCACGGGUGACACUGACAGGAGCACUGCCAGAAGGAGUGACGGGCAAGGACGUGAUCGUCGCAUUAUGCGGACUGUUCAACAGCGACGUCCUGAACCACGCAGUCGAGUUCACCGGCUCGGAGGAGACGAUGGCAAGCUUGCCGGUGGACAGCCGGAUGACGAUAGCCAACAUGGCAUGUGAAUGGGGGGCGCUCACCGGGUUGUUCCCUAUCGACCAGACACUGAAGAGCUGGCUGCAGCGCAAGGCGGAGGAGGCAACAUCGUACGAGACGCGGACCACCCGAGAACGUAUCACCCACCAGAAGAUCGAAGAGUUGUUUGCCAAUCCCCUCACAGCGGACAAGGGCGCUUCCUAUGCCAAGCAGCUCUAUCUCAACCUCUCUACCCUCUCGCCCUACGUCUCGGGGCCCAACUCGGUCAAGGUGGCAACGCCCCUCAACGAGCUCGUCCAGCAGAACAUCAAGAUCAAUCGUGCAUACGUCGUCUCCUGCACCAACUCUCGUGCUUCCGAUCUUGCCGCGGCCGCCAAAGUCUUCAAAGACGCCGCCAAGGCGAACCCAGGCACUACUCCCAAAAUUGCCGACGGUGUCCAGUUCUACAUUGCCGCGGCCUCAGCACCUGAGCAGGAGGCUGCCGAGGCUGCAGGCGACUGGCAGGCUCUGCUCGAUGCUGGUGCGCAGCCACUGCCCGCCGGGUGCGGGCCGUGCAUUGGCCUGGGCAAAGGGCUUCUGGAACCCGGCGAGGUCGGGAUCAGCGCUAGUAAUCGAAACUUCAAGGGACGGAUGGGCUCUCGAGAUGCCCUCGCCUACCUGGCGAGCCCCGAAGUCGUUGCCGCCAGCGCUCUCAGCGGUAUUAUCUCUGGCCCAGGGGCCCACCAGGUACCAGCAGACUGGUCUGGCGUGGAGUGUGGAUUUGGCACCGGUAGUGAGCCCACUAUGGAGCACGAACUUGCCGAUGCCUUGCGGCAGAUGGAAUCUCUGAUGCAGUCUGUCGAAGGUAGUGACGACGACAAACCCGCCGUCAAGAUCCUGCCGGGCUUCCCCGAGAUGAUCAGCGGCGAGAUCCUCUUUUGCGACGCCGACAAUCUCGAUACAGACAGUAUCUACCCUGGAAAAUUAACAUAUCAGGAUAACGUCUCCAAGGAGGACAUGGCACGCGCCUGCAUGUCCAACUACGACCCCGAGUUUCACGGCAUCGCCAAGCCCAACGAUAUUCUUGUCGCCGGCAGAAACUUUGGCUGUGGGUCUUCAAGAGAACAGGCUGCGACCGCGCUGCUCGCAAAGCAGAUCCCCCUAGUCGUGGCUGGGAGCUUUGGCAACAUCUUUGCUCGGAAUAGUAUCAACAAUGCGCUUAUGGGCCUCGAAGUCCCCCGUCUCCUCGAGCGCCUGCGUGCCCACUUCUCUUCCACUUCGGGCCAGGCCGCUGGGCGCCAGCUGACGCGCCGGACGGGCUGGACACUGACGUGGGACGUGAAGCGCAGCCUCGUCAAGGUCACGGAGGGUAAGGGUGGUGAGACCUGGACGGAGCAGGUCGGCGAGCUGCCGGAGAACGUGCAGGCUAUCAUCGCAGCAGGCGGGCUGGAGUCAUGGGUCAAGGGAGAGAUUGGGAAGUCAUGA